ACAGCCUGAGGCCGUGGCUGAGAGGCACUCCCUGACCUCUGUCUCGUUCCCACUUCCAGUCGUUGGAGCUCCAUUCUCUCUCUAAAAAAUGCAAAUACUGCGAACUCCCUUUCCACCCUAUCUCUCUCUACAAAGCUCAAAAUCACAACUAAGUCUAACAGGACUACUUCCACCGGAUAAAUGUCUUCAAUCGUCCAGUUCCAGUUGCUCUCAAAAGCUCCAGAGGGUCAAACUGGCAUCGCUUGGAAAAUCCGUUUCGAGUGUUGUUGGCAUAACUAGAGCUACAUCAGUUGAAGUUGGUGCUUCCUCGUCAAUUGGGACAGCUGAGAGGGAUGUCUUGAAAGCUUUAUCUCAAAUAAUUGAUCCAGAUUUUGGAACAGAUAUUGUAUCUUGUGGUUUUGUGAAAGAUCUGCACAUUGAUGAAGCUCAAGGAGAGGUUUCGUUUCGGUUAGAGCUCACUACACCAGCAUGUCCAAUCAAGGACAUGUUUGAGCAGGAAGCAAAUGAGGUUGUGGCAAUGAUUCCUUGGGUAAAAAAUGUCAAUGUGACAAUGUCAGCACAACCAGCCAGACCUAUUUAUGCAGGGCAACUUCCAACUGGGUUACAGACAAUUUCAAAUAUUGUGGCAGUCUCAAGUUGCAAGGGAGGUGUGGGAAAAUCUACGGUAGCUGUUAAUCUUGCAUACACAUUGGCUGAUAUGGGUGCUAGAGUUGGCAUCUUUGAUGCUGAUGUCUAUGGUCCAAGUUUACCAACAAUGGUCUCCCCUGAAAACCGAUUGUUGGAGAUGAACCCCGAGAAGAGAACCAUAAUUCCAACUGAAUACCUAGGAGUAAAGUUGGUAUCAUUUGGAUUUGCUGGACAAGGUCGUGCAAUAAUGCGGGGCCCAAUGGUUUCAGGGGUCAUUGACCAGCUUCUGACCACUACUGAAUGGGGGGAGCUGGAUUACCUUGUCAUCGACAUGCCACCUGGAACUGGUGAUAUUCAACUUACUUUAUGCCAGGUGGUUCCAUUGACUGCUGCAGUUAUUGUCACCACCCCUCAAAAGCUAGCAUUCAUUGAUGUCGCAAAGGGAGUUCGCAUGUUUUCAAAGCUUAAGGUACCAUGUGUUGCCGUAGUUGAGAAUAUGUGUCACUUUGAUGCUGAUGGAAAACGCUAUUACCCGUUUGGUAGAGGUUCAGGCACUCAGGUUGUCCAGCAAUUUGGAAUCCCUCAUCUGUUUGAUUUACCUAUUAGGCCAACUUUAUCUGCUUCUGGAGAUAGUGGAAUGCCUGAAGUGGUAGCUGAUCCCCUAGGUGAAGUGUCCAAGACAUUCCAAAACCUUGGAAUUUGUGUCGUGCAACAGUGUGCCAAAAUUCGGCAGCAAGUAUCAACGGCUGUUAUGUAUGAUAAUUUAAUAAAGGCAAUAAAGGUGAAAGUUCCAGAUUCGGAUGAAGAGUUCUAUUUGCACCCUGCCACUGUGAGACGGAAUGAUCGCUCAGCCCAGAGUGUGGAUGAAUGGACGGGGGAGCAGAAACUACAGUAUACAGACGUUCCAGAAGAUAUUGAACCUGAAGAAAUUCGACCAAUGGGAAACUAUGCUGUGUCAAUAACGUGGCCUGAUGGAUUUAACCAGAUUGCUCCCUAUGAUCAGCUGCAAACAAUGGAGCGAUUGGUCAGUGUCCCUGAACUAACUCCUGUAGAGGCAUGAAGACUCUUCUUAUUUCUUGUUGACUUUUUUGUCUGGUUUGUACAGCAUUAGAACCUUGACCAAAUGAGAUUCUUGUUUUUCUGGUUUCUCAUAGGCAGAUAGUUGUUUGUCUGAAUCAAAAUUUAAAUCCUGUUAUUUUAGAACAGGAGCUGGAGAUUGUUGUUGCAUCACUCCUUUGUUGAUGGUUUUGAAUACUAAAAAUUUGGAUGUUCAGGUUUUUC